AAAAGGUGCUUACCUAAGGAAAUGGUGGAGUCCAGACUAGGACUUGGAAAUGAAGGGAGUCUAUACGACUAAAGACAAAAGGAACUGCACACAAGCACUGGACUCAAGUUGAUACAGUUGUUAUCCACAGGGGGAUGGAAGAGGAGAACCCUUCCUUCUCUUGCUCUUUCUGAGUCAUAGAACUGGAAAAUUGCUGUAUAGCCCACAGGGAAGCAACUGCCUAAGUCUUCUUAUGAGAAUCAGCAAGGCCAACAAUGUAAGAAAUUGGCAAACAUGAAUUGACUGGGCACAAAGUUGCUGUGAAGAUACUCAAUCGACAGAAGAUUCGAAGCCUUGAUGUGGUAGGAAAAAUCCGCAGAGAAAUUCAGAACCUCAAGCUUUUCAGGCAUCCUCAUAUAAUUAAACUGUACCAGGUCAUCAGUACACCAUCUGAUAUUUUCAUGGUGAUGGAAUAUGUCUCAGGAGGAGAGCUAUUUGAUUAUAUCUGUAAAAAUGGAAGGAAAUCUGAUGUACCUGGAGUAGUAAGAACAGGCUCCAUGAAGGAGCUGGAUGAAAAAGAAAGUCGGCGUCUGUUCCAACAGAUCCUUUCUGGUGUGGAUUACUGUCACAGGCAUAUGGUGGUCCAUAGAGAUUUGAAACCUGAAAAUGUCCUGCUUGAUGCACACAUGAAUGCAAAGAUAGCUGAUUUUGGUCUUUCAAACAUGAUGUCAGAUGGUGAAUUUUUAAGAACAAGCUGUGGCUCACCCAACUACGCUGCACCAGAAGUAAUUUCAGGAAGAUUGUAUGCAGGUCCAGAGGUAGACAUAUGGAGCAGUGGGGUUAUUCUCUAUGCUUUAUUAUGUGGAACCCUUCCGUUUGAUGAUGAUCAUGUGCCAACUCUUUUUAAGAAGAUAUGUGAUGGGAUCUUUUAUACCCCUCAGUAUUUAAAUCCAUCUGUGAUUAGCCUUUUGAAACAUAUGCUACAGGUGGAUCCCAUGAAGAGGGCCACAAUCAAAGAUAUCAGGGAGCAUGAAUGGUUUAAACAAGAUCUUCCAAAAUAUCUCUUUCCUGAGGAUCCAUCAUAUAGUUCAACCAUGAUUGAUGAUGAAGCCUUAAAAGAAGUGUGUGAAAAAUUUGAAUGCUCAGAAGAGGAGGUUCUCAGCUGCCUUUAUAAUAGAAAUCACCAGGACCCGUUGGCAGUUGCCUAUCACCUCAUAAUAGAUAACAGGAGGAUAAUGAAUGAGGCCAAAGAUUUUUACUUGGCAACAAGCCCACCUGAUUCUUUUCUCGAUGAUCAUCAUUUGACUCGGCCCCAUCCUGAAAGAGUACCAUUCUUGGUUGCUGAAACGCCAAGGGCACGCCACACCCUCGAUGAAUUAAACCCACAGAAAUCAAAACACCAAGGUGUAAGGAAAGCAAAAUGGCAUUUGGGAAUUAGAAGUCAAAGUCGACCAAAUGAUAUCAUGGCAGAAGUUUGUAGAGCAAUUAAACAACUGGAUUACGAAUGGAAGGUUGUAAACCCAUAUUAUUUGCGUGUUCGAAGGAAGAAUCCUGUAACAAGUACAUACUCCAAAAUGAGUCUACAGUUAUACCAAGUGGAUAGUAGAACGUACUUACUGGAUUUCCGUAGCAUUGAUGAUGAAAUUACUGAAGCCAAAUCAGGGACUGCUACUCCACAGAGAUCAGGAUCAGUUAGCAACUAUCGAUCUUGCCAAAGGAAUGAUUCAGAUGCUGAUGCUCAAGGAAAAUCCUCAGAAGCUUCACUUACCUCAUCUGUGACCUCACUUGACUCUUCUCCUGUUGACUUAACUCCAAGACCUGGAAGUCACACGAUAGAGUUUUUUGAAAUGUGUGCGAAUCUAAUUAAAAUUCUUGCACAGUAAACCUAAAACUUUGCUUAUUUCUUUGAUAGCAAUAAGCAUGCAUAAAAAAUCAUAGCCAAAUGUUUCCAUUUAUAAUCAAGUUAUAAUUAUAACUGAGGAUUGGCCUUUUGGAAUGCAAUUUGCACAGGAAUUGGAACAUGAUUAAUAGUUAAAAGCCUAAUGUGCAAAAAUGAAUUAAGAUAAUUUUGUUCAUUGUUCAGUAGGCAUAUAGCAUAAUGUAAUUUUCACAAUGAAUUAUAGGUCUCUCAGGCUCACUUGAUUUUUGGCUGUUUUAUAUUUAAUGUAUACAGGGCUUUGUAGAAUAUUAAUUUACCAUAAAGGCCUUCAUGUAUUAUUACAAGUUGAUAUGUUCUAUAAUUGCUUCAUAAAUUUAUUCAAUAAAUAUUUGCCUAGAAUCCCCAGAGACCUUUAUAGGUGAUUUGUUUUGGGGGGAUCCUGAACUUCUUACAUAGCAGGUAUUUUCCAGUAGUGACAGGCUGGACAACUCUUCCAUAUCUCUUCCCUUAAUAUUCUUUAGUAUAUGGUAAGCAUAUCAAAGAUUAAAUUAGACAUAACUAAAAUUUUUUCUUUAGCUUGAUAAAUCCAAAAACACACAGAACUUAUAUAUUCAGAUACUCUAGGCACUAAGUUAAAUCUUAAAAUUUGUCUCACUAUAUUCUGUACAUAAAUUUCUCUUUUUGUCACAAGAGCUGAGUUGCAUAUGCUAUAAAUAAAUCAUGUUUUUGUCAAUCUCACAAAUUCCGCUGCUCAUGUCCGUCAGUAUUGAAUGUAUACAAAAAUUUCUAGUCAUUCAAUUAUGUAUCUUUUAAAUUGAUUUAGCACACAGAAUAUUUCCCACCAUUUAAAUGCUCAGAUAAGACUUUUUCUCCCAAAUUUUAUCGUGACCAUUUUUAAAAACAAAAAUAGAAAGGCUAUAGGGUGAUCACAUGUGUGUCUACCACUUAGAUUCAACACUGGUUAACAUUUUGCCACAUUUGCUUUAUAUCUAUGUAUGUAUAUAGACAUAGUGUACAUAGGUACGUGUAUAUAGAUAUAUAUGUUUUUUUCUCAUUGAACCGUUUGGAUGUUGCUGACAUACUUAUCACCCUCAACAUUUCAAGCAUCUCCUAAAAAAAAUAACAUUUUCCUAAAAACACAUAAUACUAUUAUCAGAUUAGUAAUUCCCUAAAGUCAUCUAAUCAUGCAUAUUUAGGUUUCCCCAGUUGUCUUUCAAAUUUCUUUUAUAGCUGGCUAUUUCAAACCAGGAUUCAGUGAAAAUUUAGACAUUGCCAGGUAUGACAUUAUUACUUCAAUAAAAUAAUGGAACGAAUCAGUUAGUGCUUCUAAAUGGUCACAUUUGUUUUAGAUUUUAAUCAUUUUUUAAAAAGUAGCAUUAUGGGAACUGCCUAAAGAUGCUUAAUUAAUCUUUGUAAGAUCUCUAUACUUUCUUUUCCUUGAUCCUUCCUUUUUCCUAGUAGCAUUCCAUAAUAGUUGUAAAUGAAGAUUUAAAGUCACUUCAGUUAAAAUUGGUGUCCUGUGUAUGCUAAUAAAAAAUAAAAAGUACUAUAUCACCCAUAAUUGCCUUAUACUAUUUUAACUUCAAGGUAUUGAUUUUCUUUGGUAUCAAUCAUUUUUCCAUUGCAGAAGAGCUAUCUUAUUUCUCAUUUAAUACUUUUGUAUUAUAGGACUAUUUUUGGCAAAUACAGUGAACACCUUUGUAACCAGACAGUAAUAUACUCAAGUGUCUUGAUAGCUUGCACAGUUAACUAUAGUUGUAGAUUUGGUUCCAGUACCCCUAGAAACAUUCAGUGAAUUCAAAAGAAAAAUCUUGCUUAUGUCCAGGACUUAUCUAUUCAACUUAGAAUCUGAAAGCUGUAUAAAAUAAUAGGAGUGCAACUUAAAUACUAAGUUCAAAACUGUAUAACUUGUAUGUGGCCCUGCAUUUUUGGGAUAUUGAUUUAAUGUAGGGUCUCUGAAUGCAGCAUUAUGUUCCUGAUGUUAAGAACAGAAGACUGUAUUUUUGAAAAGUUACAGAUUUGUACAUAGAACUAAGACAUUGUCAGAAUGUCUCUAUAAGCUGUUGUGGGGAGGUGGUGGGGCGGUGGGGGGGGGGGAUUGAAAGGAGGAACCAAUUAAAUAGGACCUUCUAAAAAUUGUUAAUUUUGUAAACUUUGCUGCUUGUUAAGUUAUUGUGAUUCCUUUUAGUUACUGAGUUUUAUUUUGAAGAUAUUUAAAUAUUGCACUUGUACAAAUAGUAUGAUAAACGCACAGAUUAUUGCAGCAGAUUCUUUUUUAAGCUGGGAUAUUUGAAAUGACAACUUUUGGUUGAAUGUGUUGAGGUUGCAUCAGAAUUUUCAAAAAUUUAUUGUAGUUUGCAAAUUCUUACUAACUGAAGAUGUAAGGGAGUCAAUGCAAAUGAUUUUUAAUCUUUUUUUAUUAUCUUUUCAGCAAUUUAUAUUUUUUGUGAUUUAUGCAACCAUAUUUUUACUUUGUCUUGACAACUGAAAGAUGUAUAAGGUUUUUGCCAGAAAUGUACUGUAUACAUAGUUUUAAAUAUAACAGAUUUUACUGAUAUGUAAAAAUUUUGCCAUUAAAAUAAAUGAUUUCUCACCAAGAGGAAAUUUUCUACCAGGUUGGGGGAUAUGGGAGCUUAAUAUAUCUAAUUUAAAAUAAUUUCACUGAAAUAAAUUCCAUUGCUUUUACUUUGA